GCAGCCUUUCAGAGGGGAAAAACUUAUCAUAACUGGAGAGAAGGCACAAAAGCUUUCAGCCCCAAACACACACUUGUUCAGCACUGGAGACUUCUCACUAGAGAAAGGUGUUUUAUGUGCAGUGAGUGUGAGAGAAGCUGUAACCUCAGUCAACAUCAGAAAGUUUACAGUGGAGAAAGAACUUUUGAACCUGGGGAACGUGGGAUAUUAUUUAACAGAAAGUCCAACCUCAUUGAACACCAGAGAAGUAACACUAAAGAUAGGCCUUAUGAGUGUACAGAAUGUGGGAAAUCAUUUACCCAGUGCUCCAGCCUCAUUACACAUGGGAGAGUUCACAUGAAACAGAAGCCAUAUGAACGUGAUGAAUGUGCAAAAUUGUUUAGCCAGAGCUCCACCCUCCUUCAACAUCAGAGAAUUCACAAUGGAGAAAGGCUUUAUGAGUGCAAUGAAUGUGGUAAAGCUUUUACUCACAACUCUGUGCUCCUUCAGCAUCAGAGACUUCACACUGGAUCAGGGCCUUAUGAGUGCACUGAAUGUGGAAAAUCCUUUGCUAAGAACUCCAGACUCACUAAACAUAGGAGAGUUCAUACUGGAGAAAGGCCUUAUAAAUGCAGUGAAUGUGGAAAAGCAUUUUGCCAAAGUUCUUCACUCCUUCAACAUCAAAGAGUUCACACUGGAGAAAGGCCUUAUGAGUGUGGGGAGUGUGGAAAAUCAUUUAGGCAAAAGCCCAACCUUAUUCAACAUUGGAGAGUUCACACUAGAGAAAGACCUUAUAAGUGUGGGAUAUGUGGGAAAUUACUUAGCAACAAGUCCCAUCUCGUUGAACACCAAAGAGUUCACACUGGAGAAAGACCAUAUGAGUGUGGGGUAUGUAGGAAAUUCUUUAGCAAGAAGUCCCACCUGAUUAUACACCAGAGAGUUCACACCAGGGAAAGGCCAUAUAAAUGCAACAAAUGCGGGAAGUCAUUUAGCCAAAACUCUGUGCUUCUUCAACAUCAGAGAAUCCACACUGGAGAAAGGCCUUAUAAGUGCAGUGAAUGUAAGAAAACUUUUAAUCAAAGCUCUGCUCUUCAUCAACAUCAGAGACUUCACACUGGUUCAAGGCCUUAUGAGUGCGAUGAAUGUGGGAAAUCCUUUGCUGAUAAUUCCACCUUCAUUAAACACAGGAGAAUUCACACUGGGGAAAGGCCUUAUGAGUGCUGCGAAUGUGGGAAAGCAUUUGCCCAAAGUUCUUCACUCCUUCGACAUCAGAGAGUUCACUGGAGAAAAGUCUUAUAAGUGAAGAAAAUUUGGGAAGUUGGUUAGCCAGAGCUUUUUCAACAUCACGGAACUCACAGUGGAUCAAAGCCAUAUGAAUGCUGUGAAUGUGGGAAAUCCUUUGCUGAAAACUCCAGGUUCAUCAAACACAGGAGUGUUCACACUGCAGAAAGUCUUUAU